AUGGCAACAUCCGACAAUCUGAAACUGUUGAAACAGGGGGCAGAGGCAAAGUUAUUCACAGGCGAUUAUUUUGGACGACCCUGCUUAAUCAAGGAACGUUUCAAAAAAACAUACAGACACCCUAUUCUCGAUAAAUCUCUUACGUCCCAACGAACGAAAAAUGAAGUUCGCUCUAUGGUGAAAUGUCGAAUGUUGGGCAUCGAGACACCAACAGUUCUGUUUGUUGACCUCGAGCAAAGUAGAAUUUAUAUGGAUUAUCUCGCAGAGGCUAUAACUGUGCGUGAUUAUAUAUACAAGGUACAGGGUGAUAAGGAUAUGAUAGUCAAGCUAUCUCCAUUGGCUAAAUCCAUUGGAAACACCCUUGGUAAAAUGCACCUUAAUAAUAUAAUCCAUGGAGAUCUCACUACUUCCAACAUGCUCCUUAAGAAACCAUUUGAAGAUCUGAAAUUAGUGAUGAUCGAUUUUGGAUUGAGUUUUAUUGAUAACUCGCAGACCGAAGAAGAUAAAGGUGUUGAUCUGUAUGUCCUUGAGAGGGCACUACUGAGCACUCAUCCCAACACUGAAGCUCUAUUUGACGUCAUCAUACAGGGAUAUAAGGAGGAGAAUCAACAGGGAGCCGCAGAGGUGAUUAAGAAAUAUGAAGAGGUCAGAAUGAGAGGGAGAAAAAGAACGAUGGUUGGUUAAAAUGAAGACAUUUCAUUAAAACUUUUGUUUAGUUAAGGGAUCAGUUGAGGACAAAAAUAGAUUAUGAUUUAGAAUAAGACAUCUUAAAUUGAAAAUGUUUUGACCUAAUCUGAUUUAACAACAUGUUGAGUGAAAGGAUAAUCUAUGUGCAACUCAUAUUGCCAAAUGAAAAUGAUUUGCCAAACAAUCCUGUAUUUCACAAAAUGUUAUUUGUAUUUGUAUAAAAAAUGUUGUCUCUUGGCUUUAAGUUUUUUUUAAUAUUAUUUAGGAACUAGAUUGUCAAGUCGUUAAAUAGACAAAAGACAAAUUAAGCUGAUCUGUUUAUGAGUUUUGGAUGAGCCAAAAAGCACUGGUUGGUUACUGUGUUCUGUUUGUGAAUUAAUGUCGUUAAAUAGACCAAAAUUCA